AUGGCUGUCCACAACACCAUUGACCAAGAGUUCCCCUGCUCAUUAACAAUCAACAUCCCCUUCCCGACCCCGCGCCUAGCCACCGUCGCGCACAAAGCCCUCGUCGUCGACCAAGAACUGUCUCCCCUCGUCCGCCGCACAUUUUCCAUCGACUCCGACUCACCGAGCGAUGCCGGCGCCGGCGCCGACGCCGACGCCGCCUCCGUCCUUCGCGUACACUACAAAGCCACCACGAACCGCAUGCUUCGCGUGGCCGUCAAUGGCCUGAUGGAGAGCCUGAACCUCGUUGUCGAGGUCAUGGAGGAGUUGGACGUUGAUGUUCUGGAACACAAUCGGGCCUCUUCGCAAUAA